AGGGAGACCUCAGAGCGCAAUAGUAAAAGGCAGCAAGCUUCAAUAAAAAGUAGUUUUGGAGCUGAGCGGGGAGCACACAUAUAGUGAAAACUGCAGGGACGAUACCUUUACACCAAUAAGGCACCUCAACAUCCCAUGAAAAUGCUGUGGAAGCUAACUGAUAACAUUAAAUAUGAAGACUGCGAGAUGUUAGUGCACAGUUUUUCCGCUAUGGACCGCCACGACGGCACCAGCAACGGGACAGCCAGGCUACCUCAGCUGGGCAGCGUGGGCCAGAGUCCCUACACGAGCGCCCCUCCGCUCUCCCACACGCCCAACUCAGACUUCCAGCCCCCGUAUUUCCCCCCGCCCUACCAGCCCAUCUACCCGCAGUCUCAGGACCCUUACUCGCACGUCAACGACCCGUACUCCCUCAACUCCCUGCACGCCCAGCCGCAGCCGCAGCACCCGGGCUGGCCGGGCCAGAGGCAGGGCCAGGAGAGCGGCCUGCUGCACCAGCACCGCAGCCUGCCCCACCAGCUGUGUCGGGACUACCGCAGGGAGGUGCUCCUACCGUCCGGCCACGGCAUUGAAACGGGACUGUCGGACUCUAUCCCAAUCCAUGGAAUACCUCACUCUUUAGAAGAUGUCCAGCCUGUUGAGGAUCAAGGAAUUCACAUUCCCGACCAGACUGUAAUUAAAAAAGGUCCAGUGUCUUUAUCCAAGAACAACGUCUCCGGCAUCCCCAUCAAUAAAGACGGUCUUUUCGGCGGGGUGGUCAACCCCAACGAGGUGUUCUGCUCGGUUCCGGGUCGCCUGUCCUUGCUCAGCUCCACAUCCAAGUACAAGGUGACGGUGGCGGAGGUGCAGAGACGUCUCUCCCCGCCGGAGUGCCUCAACGCCUCUCUGCUGGGCGGCGUGCUCAGGAGGGCCAAGUCGAAGAACGGUGGGAGAUCCUUGAGGGAGAAACUGGAUAAAAUCGGCUUGAAUCUACCUGCAGGCAGACGCAAGGCAGCCAACGUCACCUUGCUGACGUCACUAGUAGAAGGCGAAGCGGUGCAUCUUGCCAGGGAUUUUGGUUAUGUGUGUGAGACCGAGUUCCCCGCCAAGGCAGUAGCUGAAUAUGUAAACCGCCAGCAUUCCGACCCAAACGAACAAGUCCAAAGAAAAAACAUGCUAUUGGCUACCAAGCAAGUGUGCAAGGAGUUCACGGACCUGCUGUCCCAGGACCGUUCGCCGCUGGGAAACUCUCGGCCGCAGCCCAUCCUCGAACCGGGAAUCCAGAGCUGUUUGACCCACUUCAGCCUCAUCUCGCACGGCUUCGGGACCCCGGCCCUGUGCGCGGCCGUCACGGCCCUGCAGAACUAUCUGACGGAGGCCAUCAAAGCCAUGGACAAAAUGUACCUCAACAACAACCCCAACAGUCACUCAGAUAACGGCACUAAAGGCGACAAAGACGAGAAGCACAGAAAGUGAUACCCCCCACUCCUUAAUUUCCACAUUAAAAAAGCCCAACCUCCACAGCAUUAAGGGGCCAAACCCUGGGGGCCCUUUCUGCAGCACCCUGCACCCCCCCCCCCUUUUUCCUGCCUCCCGCAGGGCUCAUCCAAUAUAAAUAUAUAAAUACUAUUGAUAAAGUUGUGCCACUUCCUGAUCUUGCGCCAUGUUAUUUUUGUUUUUUCUACAUUUUCUGGAUACGCUGAGGGGGGGGAAACCACACAAAGGACCUUCCAGCACCUGCACCACCGUAUGAUGAUGAUUAUUAUUAUGGGGGGGAAAAAAGAGAGACAAGAACAGCUCCAGGGUGUGGAAGCUCUCACAAAGAAGACUUUUAACGCGCUCCCACCUUCUUUUUGUUUUUUUGGACCCAUCAUCUCAAUUUUGUGACAAAAAAAAGGAGGAUGAAUUCUUCUAUCAGUAUUGUGAAUAAUAAACUUGAAAUUCCACCACGUCAUCACUUCUCUCUUUCUCCAAGCCACCGACUUGAACUUUUUUUUUCGGUUUUUGUUUGUUUUUUUUGGUUUGAAUUUCAACACGAUUCGCGGUUAUAUAAGGGAAUCAGUGUUCAUGUAUGUAUAUAUUUAUUUAUGUGUAAUUUAAUGGGAAUUGUAAAUAUGGUGCGUCUGUUGAAAUCUUUUUUUUUUUUAUUUAUCUGGUGCCUCCUGUUUUAGUGGGUUUAAAUAUUCGGUUAGUUCAUGUGAUUUUAUGGUUCUUAGAAAAAAAAAACAGAAGUUUGGGGUAUUUUUUGAUUUUCUUUCUCUGGGAUAUUUCGAUGGAGCCCUCUUGUAGCAUGUUGAGGCGACAUUGAAGCAAGUGAACAAAUCGAAUAGAAAUAAACUUCCAUUCUCUCUCUCUUUCUCUCUCUCUCUCUCGAUAUAAAUCAUCCUUAUUCCGUUUAUUUUUCAUUUCACCCUGAGGACAACUGUUUUUUUUUGUUUUUUUUUGUUGUGUGUUUCUAUUUUUUAUACAAGCUUUUUACGUGUUGUGCCAAUCACAAAUCACCUCCUGUUCUCUUUUCCUUGAAGCGCCAUAAAAAGCAAUAAAUGGAUUUGGGUCUUUUUUUUUUUUUA